CGUCUCCUCUCUUCCCCAGCUCUCUCCUCUAUCCUUUCAUCCGACAAAAUGGAAAAUGACAUUAAGCCUGCUGCUUUUCACGUCGAAGGCGCUUCCUUCCCAUCGCCUGACUUCGACCCCGUCUCUCGCCCGGGCAUACCUUUGACUGAGGAGGAUAGCAAGCGGAUCAAACAGAAGACAGAUUGGGCGAUCUUGAGCAUUCUGGUCUGGGUGUACUUCCUGCAGAUUCUCGAUAAGACCGUCCUGGGAUUUGGGGCCACAUAUGGCCUGGUGGAGGAUACCCACCUUACGGGCAACCAGUACUCACUGAUCGGCUCGAUCGCCGCUAUCGCUCAGCUGGCCUGGCAGCCAUGUUCUUCCUGGCUCAUUGUCAAGGUGCCGCCCCGUAUCCUUAUGCCCAGUCUGUGUCUGGGCUGGGGAAUCGCGCAAACAUGCAUGGCCGCAUGUCAUAACUUCAGCGGGCUCCUCGCGGCGCGAUUCUUCCUUGGCCUAUUCGAAGCGGGCUGUCUACCCCUGUUCUCCAUCCUGGUUGCGCGCUGGUAUCGCCGUGCCGAGCAGCCCAUCCGCGUGGCCGCUUUCUACUCCACGAACGGCUGGGCGACCAUCAUCGCAGCGGCCUUGUCCUAUGGACUGAGCCAGAUCAAGUCGGACGUCCUGAAGGGAUGGCAGAUCAUCUUCCUGUUCGUCGGACUCCUCACGAUCGCCACCAGCCCGAUCAUCUACUGGCGCCUCGACAACGACAUCGACACCGCGCGCUUCCUCACCGAGAUUGAAAAAGAGCAAGCCGUCGAGCGACUCCGAGCCAACCAGACCGGCACGGGGACCCGCGAGUACAAGAUGAGCCACCUGGUCGAAGCGGUGCUCGAGCCCAAGACCUACCUCUGGAUCAGCCUGGCGCUGCUCCUCAACAUCGGGGCCUCUGUGACCAACACCUUCGGCCCGCUGAUCCUGAAAGGCCUCGGGCUUGGGACUGACAAUGUCACGCUGCUGAACAUGCCGUUUGGCGCGGUGCAGGUCAUCAUCAUCCUCCUGGCUUCUUAUUUAGCCCAGAAGGCAAAGAUGAAGGGCGUCAUCCUGGCGGGACUGAUGCUGCCUGUCGUUGCGGGACUGGCGAUGCUGUAUGCGCUGCCCCGCGACAAGAGCGCGAACGGCGGGCUGAUGGCCGGGUUCUAUCUGCUUGCGUUUCUGUUUGGCGGUAAUCCGUUGAUCGUGGCUUGGAUUGUCUCCAACACGGGUGGCACGACCAAGCAGAGUGUGUGCAUGAGUCUAUUCAAUGCUGCUACCUCGUCGGGCAAUAUCAUCGGACCGUUGCUGUUUACCUCGAAGGAUGCUCCUGCGUAUCGGCCGGGGUUGAAGGCGUGCUUGGGGAUCUUCGUGGCGCUGGUCGGGGUGACAAUGCUGCAAUGGUUGAAUCUGGUGGUGUUGAAUCGCAUGCAGGAGCGACUACGAGUGAAGAAUGGCAAGCCGGCGAAGCUGCAGGAUCUCUCGAUGAGAAACGGCGCAGGGGAGGUGGAACAGCCCUCGGCAGAGGGGACAGGCCAGCAGGGGCUGCUGGACUUGACAGACCGAGAGAACGACGAGUUCAUUUAUGUAUACUAG